AUGACCUUUGUAGCUUGUGAUUAUAGGUACAAGAUCUUCGUUCAGCUAGCGGAUUCAACAGGUGAGAUUUAUGCUACUACCUCGCAAGAGGUUGGGGAGGAGAUAUUUGGUCAGACAGCAAGGGAGCUGUACUUAGUGAAAUAUGAAAAGCAAGAUCAUGCCCAGUAUAACAAGAUCGUGAUGGGUGUUCAGAACUGUGAAUAUCUACUGGAGGUAAAACUGAACCUGGAGGCAUUCAGUGAUGAAAGUGAAACCCUUCCAAUGUUCAUCAUUGUCAAGGUUGAAUCCCUGAAUCCUUCAGCUGAAAAUCACCGUCUUGUGCGCCGCACCUCUGUGGGCAUGAGAACUGGUUUCUCAGAUUUGGAAGCCCGGCUACGGCAGGGCGUGCAGAACUUCAGCAAUGGCAAUGCUAUCAACGCUGCUGGUGUGCUUGUGCCGUAUCUGCUAUCAGAAGAGACAGACAGCAACUAG